AGUAGAGCGCAAGAAGAGGAGAAGCAAGGAAACAAACAAAAAGGGGAUGCCAGCGCAUAAUUUGAAUAUUUGAGGCUCUCCACUAUAAAGAAACCAACUCCCGACACCAUCGCUGCUCCGCCCCUUCUUUCUUUCUCUCUCUCUUCACUCCUCUCCGCGCCGCCGCCGCCGCCGUCGCCGCCCUGGUUAUGGAUAUCCGCCGGAGGCCAGCCCGACCUCCUCCUCCGCCCUCCGCCUCCACCUCCACAUCCUCCGCAGUGGAUCACCAACCCUCCUCCCCUAAAGCCUCUGAUGCGCUCCCGCUCCCGCUCUACCUCACCAACGGCAUUUUCUUCACGCUCUUCUUCUCCGUCGCCUACUUCCUCCUUCACCGCUGGCGCGAUAAGAUCCGCAAUUCGACGCCGCUCCACAUCCUCACGCUCUCCGAGCUCGCCGGAAUUCUCUGCCUCAUCGCUUCGUUUAUCUACCUGCUAGGGUUUUUCGGCAUCGAUUUCGUGCAGUCGUUCAUCUCGAAGCCGGAGAGCGACGAGGACCACCAGCGGUUUAUCCUCCACGAAGAUCGGAAGAUUCACUGCGGCUUGCCGCCGCCGGCGCCGGUGGUGGCCAAGGCGAAGGCGGCCGUGGAGCUGCCGCAGGACGAUGAGGAAGUCGUUGACCGCGUCGUUUCCGGGGAAAUCCCGUCGUAUUCUCUGGAAUCGAGGCUCGGGGACUGCCUUAGGGCGGCGAAGAUACGCCGUGAGGCGGUGCAGCGGCUGACGGGGAGAGGCGUCGACGGGCUGCCUCUGGAGGGGUUCGAUUACGACUCGAUUUUGGGGCAAUGCUGCGAGAUGCCGGUAGGGUAUGUGCAGAUUCCGGUGGGGAUUGCAGGGCCGCUGCUGCUGAAUGGGUGCGAGUACUCGGUGCCGAUGGCGACGACAGAAGGGUGCCUCGUUGCUAGCACGAACAGAGGCUGCAAGGCAAUCUAUGCUUCCGGAGGUGCAACGUGCGUGUUGCUACGAGACGCGAUGACUAGAGCUCCUGUUGUGAGGUUCUCGUCGGCGAAGAGGGCGACAGAGUUGAAGUUCUUCCUCGAAGAUCCUCUCAAUUUCGAUACGCUGUCGGUCGUUUUCAAUAAGUCGAGUAGAUUUGCUAGACUCCAAAAUGUUCAAUGUGCAAUUGCUGGGAAGAAUCUAUACAUAAGAUUCAGUUGCAGCACUGGCGACGCCAUGGGAAUGAACAUGGUUUCAAAAGGGGUUCAAAAUGUUUUGGACUUCCUUCAGAAUGAUUUCCCAGACAUGGAUGUCAUUGGCAUUUCUGGAAAUUACUGUUCCGACAAGAAACCAUCUGCAGUCAAUUGGAUCGAAGGGCGUGGAAAAUCAGUUGUAUGUGAGGCGGUCAUCACCGCUGAUGUGGUGUCAAAGGUACUGAAAACAACUGUACCCUCUCUUGUUGAGCUUAACAUGCUCAAGAACCUCACAGGCUCUGCUAUUGCUGGUGCUCUUGGUGGAUUCAAUGCGCAUGCUGCAAACAUCGUCUCUGCAAUAUUUAUCGCCACUGGGCAGGAUCCAGCUCAAAACAUUGAAAGUUCUCACUGCAUUACUAUGAUGGAGGCCAUUAAUGAUGGCAAGGAUCUUCAUAUUUCAGUGACAAUGCCAUCCAUUGAGGUUGGCACUGUCGGAGGAGGAACUCAACUGGCAUCACAAUCUGCUUGCCUCAACCUGCUUGGCGUAAAGGGUGCAAACAAAGAGUCUCCUGGAUCAAAUGCGCGGCUCCUGGCCACCAUUGUCGCUGGUGCUGUCUUGGCAGGGGAGCUCUCUCUAAUGUCUGCCAUUUCAGCUGGUCAGCUCGUUAAGAGCCACAUGAAAUACAACCGAUCAAGCAGGGACAUCACGAAGAUUGGCUCCUGAAACUGGUUGGUGUCAAGAAUUGGAAAUGCAGGACAAGAGGGGUGGGGGAAGAUUACAGUCAUGACGGGCCAGGAGAAGCUGGCCUCGCGGUGCAACAUUAUGGAACGGAUUUGACUUGCCCAACAGGGGCUGGGUUUAUAUUGUGAAAGAUAUGGAGUUCUCCUCCAUGUGUUUGUAUUGCUUCUUUUCCUUUCUCCUCCUCCUCCCCGCCCCCCUCUUCGUGUUUUUUCUUAGUGAAUCGAAGUUUUGCUGUUGGCUGUAACGGAGGCCAGUUUGCCUCGUGAAGAUCGGUUUAUAUGUUUGUAAUGCAAUCUUCUUCUGCUUCUUUUC